CCUACACUGACACACUAUACAUCCGGCCUCAGAAAUGACCUGCGCCAGUCGGCAUCUAAGAGCCUCGUAGAGCUUGAAGAGGCUAUCAACUCGAAAGGGUAUGAUUGGCUCGAGGGUUACAUGUCUCAAAUAAUGGCACAUGUUCCUAAAGCACCUAUUGGCGAACUCAUCAAAACCCCUUCCAAAACACAAACUGUCAAGAGAACCAGAGCUGCUACAGCCGCAGCUAAAGAGAAGACGGAAAAGAUCAAAGGUCUCAAUGCCCAACUUCUUAGCCCAUCGUCCAGGCAAACUUCCCGUCCUGCCCUUUCUCCAUUGCAAUUUGGCUCGCGUAACGUGAACACCAGUGAUGCUCCCAGUCCCUCACCAAUCAAAUCAAAGUCUAUCAAAGCGUCUUCUCCCAGCAAAUCAAAGGCUAAGAGAGGACGGUCUAGAAAAGCAGAGCCUGCUAUGAUCAGCAACGAAAAUGCCUCCCCCAGAUUUGAAAACAAGAACAUUUGCUCGUCCUCUGCUGCAGAGCCACAACAUCCAUUUUCCCCCUCUCGUCAAAGCAAACUUGGCGAUAGAAUGGAACAAGCGUCGUCUACCAAAGUUGAGAAGACACUAAAAUCGAAGCCAGUCAUGGCAGAGACUGUUGAGAACAUCACAGAAGCCCUUAUUGAUGGACAAAACAUGGCGUCUGACCGUGAUGAAACGUCACUCCAGAGCGCUGUCAAUCAUUCUCCUGCAGGUGAAAUCCAGUCUCUGCCAACAGUCGAUGAGAUAGUGGACAUGGACAUUGACAACAUACAAGGAGCUGGAGAGACGCAGUUAAAGGAAAUGGUCGAGGUCAUGCCUGAACUUGACAAUGUCAAGCCAGAGGAAACUGUGCUCCCAUCGAGUGCGGAAGAGGAUGCGCACGAUGUCACAGUCAAAGAGAAGGGGACUGGAGAUCAUAAGCUCGGUCAACCCAAAGAAGGAUUUGGCGAGGGAAUUAGGAAGGAGGCUGUUAUCGAAGAUGUUCAGAGUGCACAACCAACCAUCAAUGAGGGAGGAGAAAUUUUUGGAUCUAACAUAGGUUCUAAUGAACUUAAAGAGGGACUAGUUCCCCACACAGAAUUUCCAGUACAGCUCUCUUCCAGGACAUCAGCAACUGAGUCCAAGGGGAUUGUCACUGCUGCAAUCUCUUCGACCCAAUCUGCUGCAGUGCCUCAAUCUCCGCUAGCCCCUGCCAAAGCUUCCUUUAUGGAAUCUUCUGCCUCUUCCUCCACCACUGCAUUUUCUUCCGGGGCUGUCCCCAUACCCGUUCGUCAAGUCCGCUCCUCUUGGCUUAGUAAAGCCCUUGGUACCGGUACUGUGCCCAUUUCGAACGCGUCAGGACCGGCCGAAAGCAAUUCAGUGAUUGGCAAACCUUUUACUGCUCCAUCUCAACAAAGACCAAGUGCAGCCAUGGACUUCUCUGGCCUUCGAAAGAGUUUACUCCCUAUUGGAGGACUUAAAAGAAAGUCUGGAGAGGGUAUGGAAGGAGAGGAAGAAGAGGAAGAAGGGCGUAGACCUGACAAGUUCAAAAAGGUCUCUUCCGAACCAUAUGACUUCCAGGUUUCAACCACUCCUGGUCCCGUUGGUAGACCUAAGCUGCCAUCAAAAACACCUUCAUUUGGCACUGGAAGCAUCAAUUCAAAUCCUGCUUCUCAAGGUCGAUCCGCUUUAUCUUCUAAUCUGAUUGACGAUUCUCAUCGCCCCGAGAUUUCUAAAGUCACCAAAGCCCUUGAUGAGCUUCGGGAGAAAACAGCAAAGGACGUUGCCAAACAGAAAGCUUCUUCAGCAGGCCGUCCUGAAAGUGGUAAUGGUCGAGCACCCAAGGCUAAGAGCACUGGAGCAGGUUUCCUGAGAGGCCUGCUCAACUUCGGGGGCACAUCUGAAGAAGAAGAAGCCAUCAGGCGAGCGAGGGAAUUGGAAGAGGAGAAGAUAGCCGAAGCAGAGUUAGAAAAACUGAUGUGGAACGCAACGAAACCUUUCAUUGACAUUGAGUCCGCCCUCAACGACCCUUCUGCUGACGUUUCGCCUCUGCCGGAAGGUAACGACGAUGCUGGGCGCUCUACGACCCCUAUUUUAUCUCCUCCCUCAAAGCUUACGCCCUUACCGCUGCCCCAAUUGCAGUCUCAGCCAGUCACUACGGCUGUCAAGGAUGAGGACCAGGAGAUGGUCGACGAGGAGUCAGUUCUAGACGAAAUCAUACCCGCUGAAACCGCUGAACCAGUCGACACCAAAGACAGGCGUCAGCAGCUGUCUUCACCUGCACCUGCUUUUUCUGCCGUGAACGAUGUGACUCCAGUGCAGGAGAGGCCUUCCGCAUCACAUGACAGAAGAGAAAAAGAUCAGAAUAAGGUGUCAGAUAUAAACAUCAAGAAGAUGGAAGAAGCAAAGGAGCGAGGAAAAGAACAUAACUAUGGUGAUCAGAGGGACACGGGAGUCGAGAAGCUAGACGACAGACGGAAAGCCAUUGACAAAUCUCCAGGAA